ACAUGAUGCAUUUGUGGUUGCCGUGUGACAGUAUUGACUGAACUGAGCUGAUCUAACGUGAGAUUAGAAACCCGUUUCAUUCGAAGGCUUCACCUAUAAACGUACAUGUUCGUGAGAUUACACCCUCAAAAAGGAGGAUUUACUGCUGCUGUGCUUUUGAGGCCGAGUUUGUCAGUGAAGGAUCCAAGAUCGUUGUCAUCCUCAGAAACAGCAGUUAGUCUGCACACCAGUAUUUCACAGCUUGACUUCGUCACAGCUUCCUGUGUGGUGUGCAUCUUGUCAGUUUGAGCAAGAGGACUUCACACCGACAGACUCUUCUGGCUUCAAAACCAAGAAUCAGAUCCAGUAAUAGAAAGUAAUGUCGAACCCAGUGGUCACCAAUCAACCAGGCGCAGGCAGCUAUGGGACCAACGUCCAAACAGGAGAGUGGAGCACAGGCCUGUGCUCCUGCUUCACCGACUUGUUUGUCUGUGCUCUCGGUUGCAUCUGCCCAGUUGCCUUGAGCUGCUACACAGCAAAUAAGUAUGGAGAAAACUGCUGCUUGGGUUGUGUGCCAGGAGGCACGGCCGCCCUGAGGACCCAUAUGAGACUGACCUAUGGUAUUCAAGGAACAAUAACCAAUGAUGCCUUGAUGACCUUUUUCUGCGGGAUUUGCGAGGUGUGCAGGAUGGCUCGAGAAAUCCACAUCAGGAACGGAGAAAUGUAAUCAUGAGAAGACAUAAACGAUUCUAGCCCACAAUAUACAGUAUUUUCAUUUUGGUGAUGAUGUGGAAAUAGUUUGUUUAUUCUUGGGUGGCCUGGCUUUCAUGUGCACUGCAAAUAAGGAAUAAUGAACAAUGCGUUCAAGUUUAUCAAUUGUAAUAUUUCAGCUGUAGCUUGAUGUGUAUCUGUCUAACUCUGCGACAAAGUGCUCGUACUGAUCUGCAUUACUGUAAAGAAACUACAUUGUUCAAUCACUCACAACAUGAUUAAUUACAUUUAAGCAUGGGCCAUUUUGUACAACCCUGUCAAUAAAGAAAUAUUUUCUGACUUAUUUUGGUGAAUAUAAACCAUUUCUUAAAACAGUGCUUCCCAAAGUGUGUGGCAUGUGACCCCUUUUCAAAUAAAGAGUGCACUUGGGACA